AAUAUGAUGUUUUUAUUGAAGAAUUUUUGAAAUUGGAUAAAAAAUUUCAAGAUAUUAUUUCAGAUAUUGCCAAAAAAAUGGGUAAUGGAAUGGCUGAUUAUGCAAAAAAUGCAGCAUAUGAACAAUAUGGAGUUAUGAGUAUUAAAGAUUUUGAUUUAUAUUGUCAUUAUGUGGCUGGAUUGGUUGGAUUGGGUCUUAAUGGUUUGUUUGUUGCAAGUGGUUUAGAAAGUCCUGAAUUAGCAAAAAGUAGUGAUCUUGCAAAUAUAAUGGGACUUUUUUUACAAAAAGUAAAUAUCACUCGUGACUAUCUAGAUGAUCUUCUUGAGAAUAGAAAAUUCUGGCCUAAAGAAAUCUGGUCACAAUAUGUUAAUGAUUUAUCAGAUCUUAAAGAACCUGGAUAUGAAACAAGAGCUCUAGACUGUUUAUCCGCCAUGAUUCAUAAUUCUCUUGAACAUGUACCACAAUGUCUAACUUAUAUGAGCCAAAUUAAAAAUCAAAGUGUCUUCACAUUUUGUGCCAUCCCACAAGUAAUGGCUAUUGCAACUAUGGCUUUGUUAUUUAGAAAUUAUAAUGUUUAUAAAGGCGUUGUUAAAAUUCGUAAAGGUGAAGCUAUAAAGUUGAUUUUGAAAGCCACAAAUAUUUAUGAGGUAGCAAAUAUUUUUAUGGAAUUUACAAAGGUAAUUAUUCAAAAGAAUAAUUCAAAAGAUCCAAAUUUUAUGAAGAUUAGUGUUGCCUGUGGUCAGAUUAAACAAUGGUGUCAUACUAAUUUACCAGAUUUGGAUAAAUAUAAUUCUGGUACAUCCCAAUUGAAACCUAAAGAUUCACAAAAUGAUAAUGAUUUAUUGAUUUUCUUUAGUUUUUUAUUAUUAGCAUUUACCGCUUAUUUAUUAUAUUAUUGUAGGGAAUAUUUUUAUUAUGAUGGAUUAGAAAUUUUAGAUUUAUUCUAUUCAUCAUAA